AUGCACUUUUUCACUGGAAGUAUUAGUAGUACUAAUCUAUAUCAUGAAGCUGCAGAGAACAAUACCCAAGAAAUUAUAUCUGAAGGCUUUUCCAAUGAAUGGAUUAUUGAUGAUCACAGUAUAACAAAAUCGUUUUUAGACUUUAAAAAUAUGACUAUCACUUUGGCUAAUGAGGGUAAAUUAACAUAUGCUGCUCACCCAUCAGAAAUAUUCAGAGAAAAUGAUAAAGACAAAUUUGAAGACUUGAUAGAACAGCCAUAUUAUAAACUUAAA